AUGAAUAUGUUUUUCGUCUCCGUUGGUUGGAUCUCGCCGCUUAGUUUUGAAAAUCCUUUACAGGAAAUAAGUGAUAAAAUCUCGUCCAUCCGUUAUCGAGGUGAUCUCAUAUUGAUCUGUAAUCAUCUGGAGGAGCUCCAUCAACUCCUCAAACUGAAACUUUAUAAGAAAGUACGACAGUUGUAUGGAAAAGCUUCCUUACAGACUGCCACGACUUCCUUCUACAGACGGCCUACACUACUGCAGCAAGUCCCAAAGAUCCAAAAUUUACUCAGCUGGGGGAUCAGGCGUCUUAAUUCUCUCAAAAUGAAAGCGGUUCGGCUUUCUAGCCGCAAGAGAUUGUCGACUCCCCUACAGACAAUGCUCAAUGGAUUUAUAUCAAACCACAAUGAGCAGAGCUACCACUUUCACUGGGAUAUGAAGUUACAAGCCAUAGAAACCAUCUUCCUCAUGGGUCCAUUGAAGGGUAUGGCCAAAACCUUCAAUUACAUGGCAUAG